GAGGCCCAGUAUUUAUUAAAAUAAGGAGUAGGGCGCAGUAGAGGCCAGAAGCGCACUGUUGUUCUCAGUGGAGGGAGCCAGAGGAGUUACAAGUUAAACCUUGAUUGCCUGGGUCUGUGAGAAUUCAGCAUGGAAUGUAUCUACUGUUUCCUGGGAUUUCUGCUUCUGGCUGCAAGAUUGCCACUUGAUGCCGCCAAACGAUUUCAUGAUGUGCUGAGUAAUGAAAGACCUUCUGGUUAUAUGAGGGAGCACAACCAGUUAAAUGGUUGGUCUUCAGAUGAAAAUGACUGGAAUGAAAAACUCUAUCCAGUGUGGAAAAGGGGAGACCCACGGUGGAAAAACUCCUGGAAAGGAGGCCAUGUCCAGGCGGUUCUGACCAGUGAUUCACCAGCACUGGUGGGCUCAACUAUAACGUUUGUGGUGAACCUGGUAUUCCCCAGAUGCCAAAAGGAAGAUGCCAAUGGCAACAUAGUCUAUGAGAAGAACUGCCGAAAUGAUACUGGCCCAUCUCCUGACCCGUUUGUUUACAACUGGGCAGCAUGGUCAGAGGACAAUGACCGGGAAAAUGACACCAGCCAAGAUCAUCACAACGUGUUCCCUGAUGGAAAGCCUUUCCCUCACCCCCCUGGAUGGAAGAAACGGAAUUUCGUCUAUGUGUUUCACACACUUGGUCAGUAUUUCCAGAGGUUGGGACGGUGUUCAGUGAGAGUUUCUAUAAACACAGCCAAUGUGACGCUUGGCCCUCAACUCAUGGAAGUAACUGUCUAUAGAAGACACCGACGGGCGUAUGUUCCCAUCGCAAAAGUGAAAGAUGUGUACGUGGUAACUGAUCAGAUUCCCAUAUUUGUGACUAUGUCCCAGAAGAACAAUCGAAAUUUGUCUGAUGAAACCUUCCUCAGGAACCUCCCCAUUAUAUUCAACGUCUUGAUUCAUGAUCCCAGCCACUUCCUCAACAAGUCUGCCAUUAACUACAAAUGGAUCUUCGGGGAUAAUACCGGUCUGUUUGUUUCCCUCAAUUCCACUUUGAAUCACACGUAUGUGCGCAAUGGAACCUUCAACCUUAACCUCACUGUGCAAGCUGCAGUGCCUGGACCUUGUCCUUCACCUUCACCCCGACCUCCAAAACCCACCCCUUCUUUACCACCUGGUGGUGACAACCCCCUGGAGCUGAGUGAUGUUCCUGAUGAAAACUGCCAGAUUAACAGAUACGGUUACUUUACAGCUACCAUCACAAUUGUAGAUGGAAUUCUAGAGGUUAACAUCAUCAAGAUGACAGAUGUUCCAAUGUCCCCACCGCAGCCUGACAACUCCCUGAUGGAUUUUGUCGUGACCUGCGAAGGGAUCAUUCCCACAGAGGUCUGUACCAUAAUCUCCGACCCCAGCUGCCAGAUCACCCAGAGCAUAAUCUGUGACCCUGUGGAUGUGAACAUGGGCGAGCUGUGCUUGCUGACCGUGAGAAGAGCCUUCAGGGAGUCUGGGACAUACUGUAUGAACCUCACUCUGGGUGACGAGGCGAGUCUGGCCCUCACGAGCACCCACGUCUCUGUCCCUGGCAGAGACCCAGCCUCCUCUUUAAGAAUAGCAAAUGGUGUCCUGGUCUCCGUUGGCUGCUUGACCUUAUUUGUCACUGUGAUCGCCCUUUUGGCGUACAAAAAACACAAGGCAUACAAACCAAUAGGAAACAGGACUGGGAUCGUGGUCAAAGGCAAGAGGCUGAAUGUUUUCCUCCACCACGCAAAGUCCGCGUUCUUCCCCGGAAAUCAGGAAAAAGAUCCACUGCUCAAGAACCAGCCGGGAACUCUUUAAAUCUUCAGACUGAUUCCCGGCCAAUAGCUCACUCUUCAGUGCCAUUUAUGUGAGCUGUGCUAGAGUGGAUGACUCUUAACUUUUGUCCCUAAAGAUUAUUGUAAAAUAUAUUGUGGUUUAGGGAGGUCUAAUUUUUUUUUUUUUUAUCUAGGUUAAAUGACAUUUUAGAGAAGUGGAGGGAAAUUAUACUGUGCGCAGCCAAGGCCAUGUUAUAUAACUAGUAAAACCAGUUAGCAGUGCUUUCUUUCGUUAUGAUUUAUGUUUCACUUAUAAUGUCUUAGGUGAUUAGUAGGAUAGACAUCUUGUGUACAAAGAGUAGGGGCAGAAGGUACUAUGCAUUAGAGUCUGACCUAGGUUACCUGGAAGGGGAGGAUGGACAUUUUCUAGCUUUCCAUAUAACUAUAUGCAUAAACCCAAUGUAUUCCUGUCCUUAAGAUAAUGUUCCAAGCUAACUGAUUUCUAUUUCAAAGAACAUGCAUGAGCUCCCAACAGAAUAAUAACAGGCUAAGCCUCUAGUAUGAUGUGCAUGCUUGUUAUACUUAAAAAAAAUAAUACUCUAA